AUGCAGCAACAACCUACUAGAGAGUCAGUGGGAUCUUUGCCUUCUGAUAAACAGGGCUAUGUCUCCGAAACGAACCAUUCUCUGUCAACGACCAGCAAAAGCUCGAUGGUCAUUGUUUUACGCUCGCUGAACUGGCCCAAGACGAUCUUCCUGGUUGGCAUCCCUUUAGCUGCUACAGUCAGUUUGCACUGGGUUCCUCUUCGUAAAGAGACCUUCUGGGCUGGACUCAUCUAUGCCUAUCUUCGCGCUCUUGCCGUUACCGCUGGUGGCCAGCACCCCCUCAAGCUCGUCUUUGCGAUCAUCGGUGCUGGCGCUGGUCAAGACACUAUCAAGAAAUGGUGCCGAGAUCACCGAGCCCAUCAUCGCUAUGUUGACACCGAUAAGGAUCCAUAUAGCAUGUCGAAAGGUUUCUUCCAUGCCCAUAUAGGUUGGGUCUUAUUCGAAAAAAGUGACCCUGCUCACGGUGUUCUGGCUACUGGCCGCGUGGAUAUUAGUGACCUUAGAUCCGACCCAAUCGUUAUAUGGCAGCGGAAGCAUUAUCUGCUCCUGCUGUUCAUUGCGGGUUAUCUUGCCCCUACGCUGUUCUGCGGUCUGAUGUAUGGGGACUAUAUCGGGGGAUUUGUCUUUGCUGGUUGCAUUGCGACAGCCUUAGAGCAACAGGGUACAUUUUGCGUGAAUUCAGUGGCUCAUUGGUAUGGGUCUCAGCCUUAUGCAACCGACAAAACUCCAAGGGACAAUCCCUUGACCGGUUUGUUGACACUUGGGGAGGGUUAUCACAAUUUCCAUCAUGAGUUUCCAAUCGACUAUCGGAAUGGAGUCCGUUGGCAUGACUUUGAUCCAACCAAAUGGGUGAUCUGGUUGUGUUCCCAGUUUGGACUGGCUACUAAUUUGAGACGCUUUCCACAAAAUGAGAUUGCAAAGGGAAGAAUCCAACGAAAAAGAGAAAAGUUGGAUGAGGAAAGUGAGAAGGUAGACUGGGGUGUGCCACUCGAGGAAUUGCCAGUUAUGGAGUGGGAAGAAUUCGAGCAACAGGCAAGGACAGGAUGUAAUCUGAUUGUUAUCAGAGGAGCUGUGCACGAUGUUUCGGCAUUUGUGACAGAACAUCCCGGGGGCCCAGCAAUGAUUACAGGGGCAAUAGGCAAGGACGCAACGGAGAUGUUUGAAGGAGGAGUGUAUGGCCAUUCCAAUGCUGCUUCCAAUCUUCUAGAUACGAUGAGGAUAGCCGCGAUCAAGAAGACACCUCAUGUGGAAUAG